AUGCGUCGCCUGUUCCAUUCAUCCAUCCAUCCAUAGAGCUGAUAGCUACUUCACACAGGCAAGUAGUGGAGUUCGAUUCAGGGGUUCAGGCAUGGCAGCUCCCAGAGCACUCGUCCUCGGCGUCCUGCUGGUGAUCGCCGUCGCCAACGCCGAGGCGGCGUCCGUCGUCGUCGGCCUGGCCAAGUGCGCCGACUGCACCAGGAAGAACAUGAAGGCUGAGGAAGCCUUCAAGGGUCUUCAGGUGGCGAUCAAGUGCAAGAACGUCCACGGCGACUACGAGAGCAAGGCGGUGGGUGCCCUCGACGGCACCGGCGCCUUCAGCGUGCCCCUGGCCGCCGACCUCCACGGCGCCGACUGCGUCGCUCAGCUCCACAGCGCUGCCUCCAACACGCCGUGCCUCGGCCAGGAGCCAUCCAAGAUCGCGCCGGUGUCCGAGGGCACCACCUUCGUCGCGGGGGCCAAGACCAACGCGUUGGCAUCGCCGGAGUGCACGUCAGCGACCCUGCUCGGGCCGAUCAAGAAGCACAUCAUGGAGCACUUCCACCACAAGAAGCCCGUGCCGCCCAAGCCGGAGCCCAAGCCGCAGCCUCACCCUGACUACGGCCCUGUGCCCAAGCCCGAGCCGAAGCCGCAGCCCCACCCGGACUACCACCCCGUCCCUCCCAUGCCCACCUACGGCGGCGGCGGCGGCGGUGGAUACCACGGACACCACUGAGUCCGGUCUACCACCGUCGUCCUGCCCAACGAUGAAAUCUCAUGAGCGGGUUGGUGAUCAGUGAGUGAUCGACGUUGCUAUUUAUGAUCCGUUUGCAUGCGUGGGUGUAUUGUUUGGUGUUCUGCCAUUCGCUGCCCCGUUUUAGUAUCUGCACUGCAGAGUUGAGAGUUCAGAAUAACAGUUGUGAGGAACACAUGUAUCAGUGUGCUUGGAUUGCUUUAUUAAGAUUUGAAAUUUCGGUGUGUGUUUUGUAUAAGAAGUUAUUGUGGAUCAAGUAAUUUAAUCAAGUCCAUUUGAGUAAAUGGAAUUACUGUA